AAAAUGGGAGCUGUUCUAAAGGUUAUACUGGCAGCUACACUAGUUGUAACGAUGAUCUGCUCACUGACUGCAGGUAUGACAAUGCAGCUAAUGCCUGCAACAUCUUUCAUUCUCUAUACACAGUGCUUUCUCUGGAGAGAGACGCAAGCAAUAAUAGUGGUGAUGGAGAAACCCACACCUGUCCACAAGUGGAGCUCCUGAGAGGAAGAGACGGCAGAGACGGGAGAGAUGGUGUGAGGGGAGAGCCAGGAGCCCAGGGACCAAAGGGAGACAGAGGUCUGCCUGGUCUUCCAGGAGAACAGGGUCCACAAGGUCCUGAGGGUCAGCACGGCAGCGAUGGUGGGAAGGGAGACAGAGGAGAGGCCGGGUUGCCAGGAGACACAGGAGAGAGGGGACUGCCAGG